GGGGGGUUUGCCGGGGUGUGAUUUCUGUCGGAGUUACGUAGGAAACUUUUAUUAAGCGAAUUGAAGAAAGAAGCCGAAUCCGGCACGUCUGUAGGUUUAUCCGUGACCCGGGCUGCCUGCUGUGUGCUUGCUGCCAGCAGCCUUCCUCUGGGCGGAGCGGCCCUGGCUGCCUGCUGACAGCCGGCAGCGUCUGUCAGGCGCUCGGGACGCAGGGAGCGGUGCUCCCGGGGGGCUCUGCCCGCCGCUGCCUCAGUGCUCGUCCAGCCCUGCCUCUGCCCCGCCGCUGCCCGCCGCCCCGAGGUCCCGCGGUGCCCGUGCCCGACAGCGGCGGGCUCGGGGCCGGGGAGGAGGCACCGACGGGGCAGGUCGGUCCCCAGGGAGUGCUGCCCGAGGCCUCGGGGCUCUGCCGGGCAGAAGGAAAAAUGGAAAAUCCGGAAGUGGCCAUAAGCAGCUGCAUUGCUUAUGAUGAUGAAGGGCUCUGCAGUUACAAACAACACCCGUCAGCAUCACAGGAGCUGCUGGUGGAAGACCAGCUCAGAAGGAAGUUGAAGUUCUUCUUUAUGAACCCAUGUGAAAAAUUCUGGGCUCGGGGCAGGAAGCCUUGGAAAUUUGGGAUUCAGCUACUCAAAAUAGCAAUGGUUACUAUUCAGCUUGUGCUUUUUGGACUGAGCAAUCAAAUGGUGGUUGCCUUCAAAGAAGAGAACACUGUUGCAUUCAAACAUCUCUUCUUGAAAGGGUACAUGGACAGAACAGAUGACACCUAUGCUGUUUACACACAGACAGAUGUCUAUGACCAGAUAUUCUUUGCAAUUAACCAGUACUUACAGCUGCCCAAUAUCUCUGUUGGAAACCACGCUUAUGAGAAGAGGGGAGCAGAAGAGACAGCCCUGGCUGUAUGUCAGCAGUUCUACAAGCGAGGAACCAUCUGUCCUGGAAAUGACACCUUUGACAUAGACCCGGAGAUUGUGACUGACUGCUUGUACAUUGAGCCGAUGACGCCUUUAGACAACAGAACAGUGGGAAAGCACAAUUUGAAUUUCACUCUGGAUUUCCACAGGCUAGUGGCAGUGCAGCUCAUGUUCAAUCUGAAGGCAAUCAACCUCCAGACUGUUCGUCACCACGAGCUCCCUGACUGUUACGAUUUCACUCUGACGAUACUGUUCGAUAAUAAAGCACAUAGUGGAAGAAUUAAAAUAAGUCUAGACAACGACAUAGAGAUCAGGGAAUGUAAAGACUGGCAUGUUUCUGGAUCAAUACAAAAGAAUACUCAUUACAUGAUGAUCUUCGAUGCUUUUGUCAUAUUGACUUGUCUCACCUCAUUGAUCCUUUGCACGCGAUCAGUGGUUAAAGGAAUUCGACUCCAAAGGGAAUUUGUAAGCUUUUUCCUAUAUUAUUAUAAGAAAGAAGUAUCUUUCAGUGCUCAGAUGGAAUUUGUCAAUGGGUGGUACAUCCUGAUUAUAGUUAGUGAUAUCCUAACUAUUGUUGGAUCAACUCUCAAGAUGGAAAUACAAGCCAAGAGUCUGACAAGUUACGAUGUGUGUAGCAUACUCCUAGGAACAUCCACUAUGCUUGUGUGGCUUGGAGUCAUUCGCUACCUAGGUUUCUUUCAGAAGUAUAAUCUUCUCAUUCUAACACUGCGAGCAGCUUUACCCAACGUAAUGAGGUUCUGCUGUUGUGCUGCUAUGAUCUAUCUGGGCUAUUGUUUCUGUGGAUGGAUUGUACUGGGGCCAUACCACGUGAAGUUCCGUUCUCUGAACACAGUUUCUGAAUGCCUUUUUUCAUUGAUAAAUGGAGACGACAUGUUUGCCACCUUUGCAAAAAUGCAGCAGAAAAGCUACUUGGUUUGGUUAUUCAGUAGGAUCUACCUCUAUUCCUUCAUCAGUCUGUUCAUCUACAUGGUUUUAAGUCUUUUCAUUGCGCUCAUUACAGAUACUUAUGAAACUAUCAAGCACUACCAACAAGAUGGCUUUCCAGAGACAGAACUUCAGCGUUUUAUAUCGCAGUGCAAAGACUUACCAAACUCUGGCAGGUACAGGUUAGAAGAGGAGAGUUCUGCGUCUCUAUUUUGUUGUUGCAACAGUCCCAGGGAACGUAUCUGAUGGUUUGUGGGAGCUUAUCUUGGAGGCUUUGAAGCAGCACAUGUUGCAAGAACUGAAUAGUGGAGUCAGCAGAAAAUGUUACACCUUAAGUCGGAGUGCUUUUCUCCAUAAACAGCAUAAGCCUGUGGCAGAAGCUUGUGGUAAACUUACAGCCUUUCUGAUUAGGCACUCUCACUUCUAGUUCAGGUUUGUUUGUUUGUUUUUUAGCUUUGUUCUAUUUGUUUCCUCAGUCAAAUAGUGCUGGACUGCAAAGGGCAUUAACAAGCUGUCUGUGGUCAGACACUUGGCUAGAUUGUACAAGGGACUAGGAAGGCAGGAACUUUAAACUGCAAGAAAUGGUGCUGGACAACUGCGACUUUGAAUACCGAGCUGGCCCUCAGUACUGCAGGCAUUCUCUCUCACUCACUGAAUGAACUAAGGCAGACUCUAGUGCCCUCAGCAUUUUUGUUUAUCUGCAGUCAUAGUGAAAAUAAACUCCACCUUCGAAAUUUGGUGGAACUUGUUUCUGGAGAUGUUACAGUGAAUUGGUGCAUAAGCCAUUCAAAUACGGCUGUGAGCACAAACCAAAUACUUGUCUACAGAGAAGCGCCACACAACGUCAAUGGCAGCCUCUUCUCAGGGAGGAUAUGACUGAAGUCAGAGGACAAGGGGAGAGGAGGGAUGUAGACCAUCUACAUCCAGCUCCAGUAAGGGUCAGUUGCGGUCUUCAGCUUAGCAGUCUGCUUACCUUCUGUUUUUAAAGGAAAAUUCUGACAGAAGCACUUUCAAAGCAUCUAUUUUCUUAAGAUGAGAACUUCCCUUGGUACACUGGUCUGCAAACCUGGAGUAUAAACUAAGGUGAACACACAGACUCUGAGAGUCAUCUCACCACACUAUACAAACUGAUGUUUCCUAUCAACCUAAUAACCUGGUACUGUCUGUGGCUGUCUGAAACAUUAGAUCUUACAGAAUUUCAAUUCUGGCAAUUUGGAUGAUGUACUUUGCUCAUUGUGAUACCACUUAAUGGAUGCCUUAUUUUCUAUAGUCUAUUCACUCUGGGAGCAGAGGAGAAAAACAAAGGGAAGCAUAUUUUAGAUAAUUUGCAUUUGUAAGCAACAAUUUAGUAUGUGUGUGUGCAAAUAUGUAAUGAAAUUCUGUAUGCUGUGCACCAAUAUGAAGGACACUAAACAUAUUUUGUCUCAAUGUUUACAUAUUGUAAAUGUGCUACAAUAAACACUUGUGGUUGCAGUAA